GCCUCGUCUUUUCUUCCUUCCUUAGUUAUCUCACGCUGCAAACUACUCCUCUACGAUUCAGCAUUAUCACGUCAACUGUAGUUAUAACAGUGUACUAUGAACUCAUUCUUCAGCGGAUCUGUUCCUUCAGCUCUAGCCGCGACACUCACAGCUUCGCUCGUGUACGUUAUUACGCAAGCUGUCUAUCGCCUAUAUUUCAGUCCAAUAGCGAGAUUCCCAGGACCCAAGCUAGCAGCCGUGAGCUUCUGGUAUGAAUUCUAUUACUAUGUAGUACAAGGUGGGCAGUAUACUUUUGAGAUUAGUCGGAUGCACGAGAAAUAUGGCCCUAUUAUCCGCAUCAAUCCCUAUGAGUUGCACGUUUCAUUACCCGAUUUCUACGAGAAGCUGUACACAGGACCCGGAAAGCGUCGCCAUCGGUGGGAUUGGUUUACGGCUCAAUUUGGCUUGCCCGAAUCCAUGUUCGGGACUAACGAUCAUGACUCCCACCGUAUACGGAGAGCAGCUGUCAAUCCGUUCUUUUCCAAAGGCGCAAUCAGAAAGCUGCAACCCAUCAUUGACGAGAGAAUUGAUGCGCUGCUGAACCGUUUUCAAGGGUUUCAAACCUCCAGCCAGCCCAUAACUCUGAACUACGCAUUCUCUGCAUACACUAAUGACAUCGCUCAAGAAUAUGCCUUUGCACGGUCUGACCAUCGAGUUGAUCAGCAAGACUUUGAACCCACAUUUCACAAUGCGUCUGUUGCUGGCAGCAGUAACGGUGCUCUCGUCAAGCAAUAUCCCUGGGUCUUGCCUCUCAUGAAGUCGUUGCCUGAGUCAUUUAUGACCUGGUUAGACCCCGACAUGGCCUCAUAUUUUGGUCUUCAGAAUAUGAUUAGAAAACAGAUUAAGGAGAUGAAGGCUGGAAUAACUGACGACAACAGUGCUGAUCACCGAACAAUUUUCUAUGAGAUUAUGAACAGCGACCUGCCGCCUAAAGAGAAGUCAGAUGCUCGGCUCGCGCAGGAUGGUCAGACAGUUGUCAUUGCUGGAACAAUCACCACAGCUUGGGGACUCUGUAUUGCCGUCUUUUAUCUUCUUUCCCAGCCUGAGACGCUGAAAAAACUUAAGGAGGAACUGCAAACUGUGUUGAAAAGUCCUUCCUCGCCCAUUACCUUAGAUGCCUUGGAGCAGCUUCCAUACUUGACAGGAUGCGUCCAGGAGUGCAUACGACUGAGCUACGGCGUAUGCACUCGCCUCCAACGCAUUGCACCUGACGAGACUUUGGCUUUUAACGAUGGCAACAAAGACUGGUACAUACCUCCCGGAACACCGGUCAGCAUGACGAGCGUUCUCAUUCAUCAUGAUGAGUCGGUCUUUCCUAACUCGAGGAAGUUCGCGCCUGAACGCUGGAUUUGCAACCCACAGUUAUCUAAAUACCUUGUCUCUUUUUCAAAGGGCACGAGGCAAUGUAUUGGCAUCAAUCUGGCAUACGCAGAGCUUUAUAUUGCUCUGGCAAGGAUAUUCAGCGCUUACGGGAGCGAGAGUAUAAGGUUCGAGGAUGAUGUGGGGUACUUGGAACUAUUCGAAACGACUGUGUACGAUGUGGAACUCACCAAGGACGUCUUCAUCCCUGUGGGGAGACAUGGCUCUAAAGGGGUCAGGAUACUUGUAAAGAAGUGAAAUGUUACAAAUAUGUUAAGCAUCG